UGCGGCGAGUGGGUGGUGCAACACUGCGAGUGUGGGCAGCUGGGCUCCUUCAGACGGGUGAUACUGGGUGUUGCUCCUACGCUCCCUACACCUCGCUCCGACACCCCAGGCUCCUACACCUCGGCCUCCGACACCCUAGGCUCCUGCAUCUAGCUCCUGAACCCCAGGUUCCUACACCUCGGCCUCCUGCGCCUCAGGCUCCUACACCUUAAGCUCCUACACCUCGCCCCUACACCUUUAGCCUCCUACACCCUAGCCUCCUACACCUCAGCCUCUAUCACCCCAGAUUCCUACACCCCAGGCUCCUACACCCCAGGCUGCUACACCUCAGCCUCCUACACCUCAGCCUCCUACACCCCAGGUUCCUACACCCCAGGCUCCUACACCCCUGGGCUCAACAUGUCGCCGUUCCGCUACACUCACGCCGUUGUUUGCAGGAUCCCGGACUCCUUCAAGGACAAAUCUGUGUGUGCGUCUUCCCCGAUUGACCUGGCCAAGGCCAGGAAACAACACGAAGUGUACGUGGCAACUUUGCGAGAAAUUGGUUUGGAUGUUAUUGAGCUGCCGGCUGAUGAAAGCCACCCAGACUGCGUGUUUGUUGAAGACGUAGCAGUUGUCUGCAAUGGAACUGCGUUGGUGACCAAACCCGGUCAUCCCUCCAGAGAAAAAGAGGUGGAGUACAUGAGAGCCAUACUAAAGAAUGAACUUGAACUUCCUGUGAUUGAAAUAUCGGACGAGACAGCUACACUAGAUGGAGGCGAUGUUCUUUUCACAGGUAAAGAAUUCUUUGUUGGAUUAUCAUCGCGAACCAAUCAAGCUGGAGCUUGCGCCCUAGCCUCCGCCUUUCCCGAGUUUCCCUGCACGCCAGUUAAGGUGGAUAAAUCCCUCCAUUUGAAGGCAGCUGUAACCAUGGCUGGACCAGAUGUCAUGUGUGUUGGGAGCUCUCCUGAAGCCAAGGACAUUUUGAAGCGGAUUGAGCGUGAAGCAACUUUCCGUUACCAAACAUUGACUGUGCCUGACGAUGCAGCAGCAAAUGUUGUAUUUGCAAACGGUUAUCUAAUGCACCGCACAGGAGACGAAUAUCCAGCAUCAGCGAAGGUGUUUGAGGAGAAACUGUCUCACUGGACCUUAAAACCAACAGCAUUGACAGAGAUGGAAAGAACCCAAGGUGCCCUUACUAGCUGUUCCAUUCUCAUACGCAAAACUCGGCAUCUCAAGAAUAUCAUGUGAAGCUCGUAGAAAGUUGUAAUGAUGUUCGAAUACAACCCGCCAAAUCGCUAAACAACCAACUGCGCAUUUUACUGUUGGGUGAACAGAGGCUACAGUCAAGGAUUGGUGCCCAGUAAAUCCUCCCCGGCCAGGAUACGAACCUAGGACAAAGCGUUCGCGAAACGCCCGGUGAGUGUGUUACCACUUCGCCACAGGGACUGCUAUAUCAUUUGUGCUAAUGCCUCCUCAGGGGAGUUCUGAAAUUAGUUAAUUUCUAAAUCAUGCAGUCAUUUCUCUGUUAAUUGAUGGUGUAAAAUUUAUAAGGCAACAAAUUGUUGCCAGACAACCCACCCAACCUAUCGAGGGCCAUGCUCAUUAGUACGUGGUCAUGUUAAUUUUGCUGUGGAUUGAAUUCCAAUGCUGUGCCUGAUGGCAACACAAUUGCAGUGCAUUAACCCCUGCACUGCUCACCCAUUUUCGGCAAAAACGUCUUGGUGCAAUUGUCAAGGACAUAUUUUUGUUGUUUUUAUAAAUGUUCAGGUAAAGUUAAUGUAAAAAUGUUUCCAAAGUCAACUAUUUCCAUUUCAAAACACAGAGUAAUGAAAACAUUAAAAAACAUUAAAAUAUAUCCUAAUUAAAAAACAAAAAGCACAACUCUCAGAGCGCCUAAAGGCACUUUGCGCAGUGCAGUGUAUUAAGUGUGAGGAGAGAUUAUGCAUCCCACAUGUUUUAGCGUGGCAUUUCCUACAAACCUGAAUGUAGCUCCUUAGAUCUUGGCAAUAUUACACUGCUUGACCGAAGUAUCAUAGCAGUACACAUACAAAACAAUGCCUUUAGAAAUAUUAAAUAUUUCUUUACUAAUAUUCAUGUUGAACGAAACAUGUGAUGCCGUUACUCUUAAGCCCGAAAACUGCCUCCAGUGCCAUGUUCGUGUAGCAACUAGACCAAGCUAUACCGACAUACUAGUGUGGAAAGUAUCUUCUUGUUUAUAUACAAGAACAUAUUCACAUAAUGUAUAUUUUAAUAUCAAUUAACAAAGCACAUUUGUGUGUGUGUGUGGAAAGUAGUUUGUGAGUUGGUGUAUUACGUAAUAUUUUAAAAUGUUUAAUGCAGUACUUUAUCGUAAUACAGUACAAUACAGUCUUGAAAAGUGCCUCAGAUGGGGAGAUGCAUUUCAUGUGAUGGAGUCUUUUUAACCAGACCCGCAAAUCUAAACAUAAGUUGGCUAUCCCAUAACCCUUCAAUAGCUCAUCUAGUGUAAAAGUCCUGCAUUCUGGCAGUCAUGACAAAAUGAAAGUACUCAGACUAAUAUAAAAAAAUCACAUUUGACAAGUCAAGCACAGGAGGUAAUCACAGAUAGCAAAACGAGCUUUUUUAAAGGUUAAUAAAAUCCCAGGUCAGUGUGAUGGAAUUUUUGUCUUCUUUGCUUUUCUCAUAUCGGCAUCUUGAAUGAUACAUAGAACUUGUUGAAUAUUCAGCCACAUAGAUGGUGCUACAUAGCCUUCCUGGCACUUCUUUUUGGUAAUUACUUCUAUAUACUUGGCAAGGACCAUUUUGUUAAAUUGUCAGAGUAGGUACUUUUGGUACCCAGUAUAUCUCUAAGGUACUGCACAUAAUAUUGUCUGCACAUAACGAUAUUGACAUUUUAUUGAUGAGCUGUAAUAUUAUCUAAUCUAGACCUAAUUUUGCAUAUACACUAAUAUGCAAAAUUCAUAUUCAUCAAAACUAAUAUGUUAGAGUUACGGAAUAAUUGGUUGUGUAACUUUGAUAGGGGGAUUAGAUAAGGUUACUAAGCUAGUUUUGUAUUUCAUUAAGGGUUUGUAUAUCUUACGUAUAGUAUUGAAUUUUGGUCGUGUAGCACAGUAGUCCACAUCCUUGGCUCACACCUGAAGGACCUGGGUUCAAUCCCUGGACAGGACAGAAAAGGUUAGGCAUGUUUCCUUUCAUCUGAUGCUUCUUCACAUAGCACUUAAAUAGAUACCAAAAAUUAGGCAACUGUUGUGGGUUAUAUCCAAGGGAAAGUUCAAUAGUUGGCCUAGAGGGACCUUAAAAAAGCUUAAGUACACGCUUUCUGCCCCCAACAAUGAAAGUUGUAUUUGUCAAUUGAUAAGAUUAAAUGGCAUAACAUAGAUGGAUUUUUAAUAAAGCUCAACUUGUUUGAUUGACUUAGAAAUCAUGAGAUAUAUCAUUAGAAAUGGGAAAUAUAGUGUGAAUUAUGAUAGGCGGGCUCUCCCGCCUUCCGGACACGAUGUGUAUGUGUACAGUACAUGUAUUUAUGGCUGGAAGUGUUUUGUAAUGACAUGUGUACUUUAGCAUGUGUGCUUAGCUGCAGGAGUACUCUGUAUCAUGUGUUCUCCACUACCGGUAUAAUCUGAAGCAUGUAUACAGUACAUACUUGCUUCCAGGUGUACUCGUAACAUCUGUAACUGGUAGUAUGUAUAAUACUUUUCUUCCUUGCACAUUAAAUGCUACGGAUAACUAGUUUUGAGUCUUGUGUUGGAGCUCUGUUUACACGAAGCCUUUUUCUUAUAUUGGAAUAUUCUGCAUGUUUCGGGAAUCACAUUUACAGCUGCGUAUUUAUGAGAUCUAUAAUUUGUGUGUUGUUCGCAUUGUUCUUUAAAGUGACAUUUAUUUUCAUUUUUGAAUUUGAAAUGCUUUUCUUGUUCAUUAUUAUAUAUACACACACACACUAUGGGAUUUUUUUUUCUGCUAUGGUUAGUAUCACUUUUGUAAUGUGUGUUGAGCAAAGAUGCUGUGUGUGUAUAUGCAGUUCUCUGGUUUAUAAUUACCUAGAUUGGGUUCCCGAGAGCUCUUCUACUUCCCAUGCCUGGCCUGGAGUGGGGCUUGUCUUGUGAUAACUGGAUCUGGAAGGCUGUUGCUUGGAGCAUCUUGCAGCUGUUGGUAUGUUAGGCUGAGAGGUGGCAACUUGUAAGGGUAAAUGUUAUUGGUGCUUCCUUAUCAAGCUUUAAAGAAGAACGGCCGAGUUAUUUUCCUAUCUGCUGAGAUAAUGAAAGUUGUGUGUUUAGUAUAUUAUGUAUUUUCAUGUUAAAACUUUCUUUUAUUAUUAAUUCAAAUUUUUAUUUUAUACUUUUUUUAAUGGGGUGCUAUGUAAGUGAAAAUAUUUUGAUAAAUAUCACUACAUAAUGAAAAUUAGAUUCAGCGCUAGCCUGACAUACAACUAUAUCCAACUAGUUUACCUUUGUCAUAAUUCAGGAAUGUUAAUUUACAGAUUUAACAUCAAAGAGGGAAUGUAACUUUAUCAAGUGUUACUUAGAGAAGCUUUGUUGAACAUAAGCUGCUAAAAUAAAUUACAUAAGGGGUCCUUCUGGGUUUAAUCUUGAUGCGACUCCUAUUACUAGUUGUGAUAUCCUCCUGUGCUCCAAUCGCCAAGGGCGAUUUUUAAAUUUAAUUUGUUAACUAUUUUAGUAAUGCUCACCUCAUUAUAGUACAGUACUAUUAAAUAGAUGUGCAGUUUAGAGGGUUAAUGAAUGAUUGAGAAGGGCGGGGGGAAUUGCAUUGCAUGAUAUGGACCUGCUGAGAAAGGUAUAAGAAGAGAACUGGGAAAUUGGGGAGGCCUUGAGAUGUUGACCAGACCAUACACUAGAAGGUGAAGGGACGACAACGUUUCGGUCCGUCCUGGUCCAUUCUCAAGUCGAUUGUCGACUUGAGAAUGGUCCAGGACGGACCGAAACGUCGUCGUCCCUUCACCUUCUAGUGUGUGGUCUGGUCAACAUACUUCAGCCACGUUAUUGUGACUCAUCGCCUGCACAGGCCUUGAGAUGCUCUGCUGCAAUGUGUGCGUGUGUGAUUAGCAAUGGGCUUUGUAAGAGAACGUGCAGGAUUGAAGGAAAAGUUACUUGGGUUACAGGAAGGUAACUAAUUCUGUGGGUUAAAAGUUGAAACUUGGAGGAAUUUGUUUUAAGUUUCUAUUAAAGAACCUUGCAGUAUUGAUUAAUGAUAGAUGGGAGAGGAACUUGUGAUAUGUAGUUACUGUAGGUAAUGGUGUUUUUGUUAUUUAUUUGCAUCAGCACUAUAAUAGUCUUUGAGAAGUUCUUUGCAUAAGGAAAAGUAUGGAAUUGAUGUUGAAGUACAAUUGUACUGUAUUCAGUUUUUUACUAUCUUGAAUUACCUGAAAUUGUAACGAAAAAUUCCAUAUCUACUGUACAGUAUUAGGGAGUGUUGAUUGGUUCUGCAGUUUUUGUGCAGAUAAUAAGUUGCAAUAAUGUGGCUGAAACAAAUAACUCGACUACGUAUAAAAUUAAAGUGAUGUCAUUUUGGUCCGUGACAACUUAAUAAGGGUUCUAGACAGAACAAAACUUUGUCAAUUUGAUAUAAUUUCAUGUGUGUAAGUUGGAUCAUUAUUCCUUUACUGUAGUGGAUGUUACUCAUGAUUUUCUGUGUUUAAAGUUCUGAACAAAAUCAUCUACGGUAAAGGCUUUUCCUUGUGCUAUGUUUUUCUCCAUAAAUGUUGCCAGCAAUUGCUCUAUGUCAAUGAAUAGUAUUGCUGGUAAAAUACAUCAAAUAUACCUAACAUUCCUGAAAGAUUAGUUCAUGUUCUUCCUCUUCUCACCAAAAUAGGAAGUGAGAUAUGUCUUGAUUUGUUUACAUAUAGUUCAACACCCUUGAUGGAAUUAGAGAUCUGCGCCUUACUGUUUUACCUUCAUUGUUCCACUUACUCCCACCCAUUUUUUUGGAAUCUGCUGAUUUUGCUCUCCUGCAGAUCCUAUACACACCAGAUUUCUUGAUAGAAUCCUAGGUGAAUCAGAUUCCUUUGACAUUGUCUUAUACCUCUAUUCUCAUUUGCAUCCUGAAUGAUAUCUAGGAACUUUUAGAUAUUAUUUAGCAGUGAACAGUGUUAUACUUUAUAGCCAUACUUCCUUAACACUUUUUAAUAAUUGUUUAAUUAGAAUAUACUGGACUGAUUGCCUAGUGAAAUCUAAAGCAAAUUUAGGGGCAAGACAGAAAUGUUUGGGUACAUUUCCUUUUACCUGAUGCCAUUGUUCACCUAAUAGUAAAUAGAUACCAGGGAGUUAGUUAACUGUUAUGGGUUGCAUCCUGGGAAGGGUGAGUAAUUGGCCUAUGGGGAACCUUGAUAAGCCUGCAGGAUUCGUUCCCGAAAAGGCGGGAAUGUUAUAUGAGAAUUUUAUCACAGGAAAUCAUUCCUUUUUGCUCUUACAGUACAGUAUGUAUGAUUGAAUAUAUUCACUAUUAAGUAUUUCUUUCCUGGUUAUAUUUGCAUUUGAAUUUGACAAUAAAUUGCAUGUAGGAAUAACUAGACAUUGAAGACAAGAACAAGUGAAAUUGCAGAAGGCCCUUUGGCACACAAAGCAGUUCCUAUCUAUAUCCACCCAAACUCACUCACAUGAGGCCUCCCACGCAAUAGUAGCGUGAGCUGGAUUUUUUUCAAAAUGGUGGCUGUUUACUAUAGCCCCUGGGCAGCGUAUGGGGACCCCCUAUACCCUGCGGGCCUUUCAAAUCGUGCGCGGUACUCCAAAGCAUCAUAUGAUGCGAUGCGCAAUUUACUGCAAGUCGGUCAAAGCAUCAUAUGAUGCGAUGCGCCAUUUAAGGGUUAACCAACCCACACAUGAAAUAAUCCAUCAGUCUUGUGUCCACCAUUGCUACCCGGCAACCUGCUUCAUAAGUCAACAACCCCAUUUUCAAACCAGCAUCCAUCCAGGUCCUCAUCAGAAUCCAAACCUCUCCAGCUAGCAUCCACCAUUUAGAGUUCCACCUUAUUUGAUAUACCAUAUUUGAUAAAUUAUGCAAUGAUGAAUUCCUGUCGACACCUUUCGUUGCUGUGGGGCUCAUUUUGUGAGAUGACUAUUAAUACAGUACAGUAUUGUGCUCAUUGUGUAUUUUGAUACCAUUCAUACAACAUUUUUAGUGAGACGCUAUUAUUGUUGUCCAGAUUUGAGCUUUAUUAUAUUCCUUUGUGCUGCGAAGUAUGAAUUUACACCGAGAAGCUUUUCUGAACUUACAAUGACAGUAUGCAAAUGAGAUGGUUUUGAAUCCCAAUGUUUAGUGAAGUAAUCUUUGAAAGCAAAAAUUGGCUUAGGUGGCUUAAAUGUAAAGCAUUUACGAGAAAUUUUAAGCUUUAUCUUUACAACCUAAUAUUUCUUAUUUUGUAGCGUGCUGGUUUAUGAAUUUAUGUCUCAAUCUGUGUUGUUUCCUAUUACUGUCAAAACAAUGCAUUUCAUCGUAACCAUCUGUGUUGAAAGGUAAACUCGGUAUACUUUACUUGAAGGUAGAUAUACGCACAUUAAUAUUACAUAUUGUAUUUAAAGUAAUCCUAGAGUUAAGAGUGAAGCUAUCACUAUUUUGAAAACAUUUGUAUACCAAAUGUGAAAUUAGUGUUAUAUUAUAGAGGCCUGAGAAUAAGCCUACAAUUAAAGUAUACACAAUGAACCUUUCGUAUGUUACAACUGUUGCCUUACUGUAGCCUUGUGGUCAUAUUGUUAAACAUCUCCCGAGUUACUGUGAUAGUCUGUGGGGAAGGUGGCACACCAAGUUGUAGUGGUGCGAGUUUGUCAUUUAGGCUAUAUUACUAAGUCAUAAAGAGUGAUGCUCUCCUUAGAUGUUUAAGAAUAUGGUCUUUAUGGAUUAAGGAAAAUCUUUGGAAAAAUUAAAUUGUUCUUUAAAAAUUUAGGUAUAAAAAAUUCCAAAAAUGUAUUAAAUACAAGGAUUUCCUCUUGACAUUGUAGACCUAGGUACAACACUAACAAUUAUGUAUCAUUAAUUAAUAGACUACAUUUCAAAGAUUAAAACUCAAUUUAAUUCUUCAUAUUCCUUUGUAAAAUUGCUUUUGUGUGUGUACAUUCCAAAGCUUGUAAAUUUAAAUUAUAAUGUAUUUUAGAAAUACCUUCAUUUAUAUAUAUUACUCUAUGUUCUGUUGAGGAAACUUGUUCAGUUUAAUGUAGCUGUGUAUCAUUUUUGCAGUGGAACCAACCAAUUCUCUCAAUAAAAUGUAAUUUAUUCUUUCACCAGCAGCAGUACCUCGGUGCAAUUCUGGUAUGUGGUGCGCUGCAGAUUAUAAUACUAAUUUAAAUUUGUAUGCAGAUGAUGAGUCACAAUCACAUGGCUGAAGAUAUGAUGAGCAAACCACAGAUCUGAAGAUGAGGAGACGAUGACGUUUCAGUCCAUCCUGGACCAUUAUCAUGACGAUCUACUUGAUAAUGGUUUAGGAUGGACCAAAACAUCGUCGUCUCUUCAUCUUCUGAUGAGUGGUUUGGUCAUCAUAAAUUCGUAUAUUGAGAACAAUUAAAUCAAACGUGAGAGUGAAAAGGAUGGUUGAGCGGCUGUAUUGCUUAACACUUCUUUUUGUUUGUUUACAUUGUGUGUUUGAUGGAACCUGGGUCAUCUAACAUAUUAGAUCUUAUGUGUGCACCUGACUGUUGUAUGGUCUUUGUUCCUCUAAUAUUGUCACGACAUGUUUGAUGUAAAUCUAUGUAGAUGUUUUUGGUGUCCAUGAUUUUCCUUAUGUUUCCUUUAGAAUUAAUACUUACAAUAUGCACUAAUCUAAUGUGGACCAAGAUUCUGGUGUUUCAAGGUUUAUGGCAUGGCCAUGAUCUUGGUGGGAUUUUUGAAUCCCAUAUAGCGUGCAAAGAUCCUGAUAGUAACCAGUAUGUUUUUUUUUUUUUACUAAUCAAGGUCCUUGCAUCAAUUGUACAUUUACGAUGAAACACAUGGCUCCGCCUAUAACGCAAAGCAGCUCUCCUCAAGUAUGCCGAAUGUGAAAAAAAGGCCUCUUCUAUGCAUUGCACUAUUAUAUAUAAUGUUUGGGUCAUACCUGUACGUACUUGGGUACUUUUGAACGAAUUUGUAGUUUCACCAUUUUUUAUCUAAUUUUUAUGAAUAGAUAAGCAGUGUGUUAUCUUUCCUCCACUUUCUCUGCACGAAAUGAGAGUGCCAUAGUAUAUAAUUAUCUAACACUUUCUAUUUUAUUUAAAAAAAUGAAAUAUUAGAUAAAAACAUUUCCAUGAAAAGUAUGUUACAUAGACAUGAGGUAAUUUAUGUAAUUAUACAAUAAAGCUGAUUACAAAA